AUGGAAGAUGAUGAUGCUGUCUAUGGACUCAACAAAACCGAAUUGGAGUGGGUGACACAUCAACCUUAUCUAAAAGCAAAGGGCUACACCCUCCGACCUCGAUACAGCCCAGGCUGGGUUCCUUCAUGGAAAUCAAACGGGAGAAACCCAGCUGAUUGUGAAGAUAGUUGGGAGCUUCCAGCGAUCAAAACACUGGAUGCAAUCAAAGAUGAAGAUAACAAACAUGUUUCUAUCAAGAAAUCAAUACCAUCAACCAACGACGAUGAGGCACAGAACGAGCUCGAUAUUCUUCGAUAUUUGUCUGAGGAUGACCAACGUGAUGACCCCCAUAAUCACGGAUUACAAUUACUUGAUCACUUUCCUAUUCCGGGAUCAUCCAACGGCUCCUUCCUUAUUACACCCUUUCUGUCAGACUGGGAUUCGAUUCCGUUCUCUCGAUUUAGCGAACUUACAGAUUUCCUUCAGCAAAUACUCGAGGGUUUACAAUUUCUACAUUCUCGUCAUAUUGCUCAUCGUGAUGCGCAAAUCGCUAAUAUCAUGAUGGAUGCAACUUCGUUAUACGGCGAGCCGUUUCAUCCGUGCGAUUCUCAGUCGUCGCUGGACGGCAAGCGGCGGUUGAAGGUUAAGCGGCGGUUUGAGGCACCUGUCCGUUACUAUUUUAUUGAUUUUGGCCUCUCAACUCGCUUUCCAAGCUUAAAAGACCGACGUUUAGUUACCGGGGUGAAAGGGAGAGAACAACGAGCGCCUGAGUUGCUACCUGCAGUUCCGCCUCCGUAUGAUCCGUUCAAGCUGGACAUAUUUACCAUAGGGAUGGUUUUCAAAGAAAAUAUUGUUCAGAAAUCAUGGAUUCCAAACACUUCGCCCUUUGAUAGACAGGAUGACCGCCGUAGAUCCGGACAUCCGACCUGA